UUUUGAGCUUUCUUGUUGGAACAACAAACUUUUGGUCGUGUUUCUAUGUUUGUUUCUCUCCCUUCGUCCAUCUUUUAUCGCUGUCCCAUACUGUUUGACAAUUAUUUCCGGAUUUCUGCGAAAGGAAGAUCAAUGACGUAAUUUUUGACAGUAAUGACGUUAUAUGUCACGAGAUCGAGGUUCAAAAUACACUAGCAUUGUGCAACUUAAAUCGCUCCUACAAGCAGGGAAGAUGGCGUUCAAACUGUGGCUGGUAGCUGGUGCUUUCCUCGUGUGUUUUUGCAGUAUUUCAGCGACUUAUUGUAGCGGUCGCUACUCGUCUAGCUGUGAUUCAAACUACGUGUGCUGCAAUAASCAAUGUGUUUAUGCCUCGUCGUGUUAUGGUCGUUACUGUUCAACGGACUCUGAUUGUUCUUCAGGGGAAUCGUGUUGCAGCUCCACUUGUACGGAUAGCCUCAACUGUUAUGGUCGAUCUUGUACAUUCAGUUCCGAUUGCUCUGAUUCAGAGAUUUGUUGUUCAGGAACAUGCGAUUACAGUUGCGAUACAGGCAUAGGAAUAAUCCUUGGAUCGAUCUUUGGUUCCAUCUUUCUUCUUUCGAUGUUAUUCGUGGCCAUUAUUUGUUGUCGUCGAAACAGAAGAAGAGUUAAUACAGGAUAUGUGGUCAGAAAUCCACAAGUAAUAACUGCAACCACAACAACUACAAGAAACUACUCUACGUAUCCGCCAUUACAAAGACAACAACAUUAUCCUCAACAGCCACCUCCUCAAUACGGAACUAUUGCUCCUCCACCUUAUGAAGUGCGCGUUGCCGAUGCUUGAACUGAACUCUAGGCAACUUUCGCCCAUUUUGUGGCACUGUGGACGUUUGUUGUCCAAACGACAAAAGCUGUUUUCAAAUGUUUGUAUUUGUCUCAAUUGACCAGGGAUGUGUGCCAUAGCAUGGAUUUAGAGGUAUUUUUAGUCACUUCACGUUACUGUUUUGCAAAUUGUAUGUACAACUACUUUGUAAUUUGUCAUAAAACUGAAUACAUAAGAUUGUCUGAUCGAUCUCAGUCUGAUCUGAUGUCUGAUSGACGAUGUACAGAAAUAUAUAGAAUGCGGAAMAUUCUUUGUUGAACUGCACCUAAAGCGACGAUGGAUAUUGAAAGCGGAAACUUAAGUGUAUUUCGUGAAGCAUAUUUCAUAAUCAUUGAAAUUGUACGAAUUUGUAAGUUAUUUAGAAUACAAUAUAUAUCUGUAAAGUUU